AAUGCAGUCACAUAAACUGAAUUUAUUCAAUAAGUAUUUCUAACUCGAAGUGGAAACAAGUAUUGAACAACUAGAAAAGGGGAAACAUGCAAUUAGUACUGGCAAAUAUUGCUAUAGUCCUGAUCAUAAUGGCAGGAUCUAGCCGGGGAGUGGAGGAUAAAAUCUCUUAGAGCAAUAUAGUUCUAAUGCCGGAAGCGCGUUUCGAAACACCCUCCAAAGUUGAAAAUUACAUUCUACAACAUCAACGUCAAUUUGAAGAUCACAUUAGGGGUAUGGAUCGAGAUUUAAAUGAUGUUCGCAGCAAAUACGAAAUGCGUUUGGAAGUGAUUCAAUUCUACAGCACCGUGGUAGAUGUUAAACUGGAUGACCUACAGGAUCGUUUUGACCCCAUGGAAAUGUUGGGCGGCAUCCAUGAUUAUUGUGUGCAAAAAUAUCGUGCCAAAAUUCCUGCAGAGGGUGUAAUGCAGGAGACCCUUAAGACUUGCAUCAGCAAGGCCAAGCAAUCAUUUGUUCCCCUACUGAAUAGUGCAGAGAAUACUUUGAGAAAUAUUAAAAAUCAUUUCAACAAUCAAUUUAUCAAUUCCAUGAAGGAAUGCAAAAAGAGGCAUGAGAAAAAUGAGACGAAAUAUCACAGUUGUGCUGCCGAAGGGAUUAAGAAAACCUCCACCUUUUUCACCUCCAAUACCAAUAUCUUCCUCAGCCAGAUGACCAUUGCCGAAUGUAGUGCCAAUACUAAAAUCGAUGAAGCUUUCGAUUGUUACUCCACCAAUGUUUAUCAGACUUUCACUUCGAUCGGUGAAGUUACGGGUUUAAUAGAGAAUUGUGUGGCUGGCCACGAAGUUUGUCCUCCCUGUGCAAAUGAAGAUCCCAAUUCGAUUAAGGGUCGCUGCCCUUAUCAAAUGGCUUGGCAUUUGGCCGAUGAUGAUUUGACUGGUGAGAAAAUUGUCAACCCCUUUAAGGGUGUGAAUAAUACUACACCUUGUCUUCAGAUAAAUUUUAUAAUUAAAGAUUUGGAUAUUGAAAAGGUAGCAUUGGUGUAGAGCAUUAAAUCUUUUCCUAAUUAAUGUAAAUGUAUGAGCUAAGGUAU